AUGAUCACCGGCCCAACUGGAGCCGAGAUGCUGUUGCCGGAGGAUCCCGAGGCCAACAUCGUCAUGCUGGCGACAGGAACGGGCAUUGCACCGAUGCGUGCGUACUGCCGGCUGCUCUUCAACGACAAGGUGGCUGCAGAGGGCGAUGGCCGCAAGUUCAAGGGCCUUGCGUGGCUCUUCAUGGGCGUGCCUUGGAGUAUCCCAAGCAGCGUAUUCGAGGUGAUGCUGUCAAGAGUCUUUGAAGGGCUAGUCUUUGCUGAAGCAGGCCCCCCGUGA